AUUUAAACCGUCGCGACGCGGUCACUCUGAAUUCAAGAUAAAGACGGCUUUUUCCAAAAUCAAAUUUGCAAAGACCGAUUUUAAGCAAAUAAAGACGCCCUCGAAGGUGCCAAUUUUGUCGCGACACACGCCCACGUACCGCCCGGCACGGAAGACGCGAGCAGAGCAGGAUAGGAGCUGCACGCCCACCCACAGCGAAGGCCGAAGGCGUACGAGUGCGAGCGAGAGGGCAGCUGCAGGCGACUAAGGCGAGCGAGACGUUUUCGCAAGUGUUGUGAUAGAAAAAAGCGAAAUUAACUGCGACAACGAGCCACUCCGAAUUAUAUCAUAGUCAUGUCUUCAACGCCAGCCGCAGGCAGUGCCACCGAGGUGGCCACCUCCAGUGCUAGCUCCAAUGCCAGCGCACCCAGCACAGCGACCAGCAAUGCCAGCAACACCAAUCAAACCACAGCCGCUGCCGCCACGACGCCUGCUCGUGGUGGCCGUGGAGCGAAUGCCAAUGGUGGUGCCUCUGGCAGCAACGCUGGCGGCGGUGAUGAGCCGCGCAAGGACACUAAGCCCACGCCAAGGAUAUCCAAGGCGUUGGGCACCUCGGCCAAGCGCAUACAAAAGGAGCUGGCGGAGAUCACACUAGACCCGCCUCCCAAUUGCAGUGCCGGGCCAAAGGGCGACAAUCUGUACGAAUGGGUGUCGACCAUCCUGGGACCACCGGGCUCCGUCUACGAGGGCGGAGUGUUCUUCCUCGACAUACACUUCUCGCCGGAAUAUCCCUUCAAGCCGCCCAAAGUCACGUUCCGUACGCGCAUCUAUCACUGUAAUAUCAAUAGCCAGGGCGUUAUCUGCCUGGACAUACUCAAGGACAACUGGUCGCCGGCGCUGACCAUAUCUAAGGUGUUGCUGUCAAUUUGCUCCCUGCUCACAGACUGUAAUCCAGCCGAUCCGCUGGUGGGCAGUAUUGCCACGCAAUAUUUACAAAAUCGAGAGGAGCAUGAUCGAAUUGCGCGUCUCUGGACAAAAAGGUACGCAACAUGAUGCGUAAGAUCUGGCUUCGUACAUGUACCACAAUCUACCGAAAACUGCAACAGAAACGAAAAUUCGCAUCUUGCUAAAGAGGAAGCCUAUUUUAUAAAAAUAUAUAUUAAACUACGCUAACUAUUAAAUUAACAGUAACAAUUACCAUAACACGUACAGAAGAGCAGCAGUCAACAGCCAGGCAAAUGGUCGAUCAUGAUCCCCGUUCAUAUUUAUAUAUCGAGUUUAUACACAAGAAUUGUAAAAAAAAUCUAAUAUUUGGAGAUAAUUGCGUUAUGUUUUUAGAUCGCUUAGCAAACGUAAAACAUUGACACGAGCGAAGGCGGUGAGACACUUUCGACAAGAAAUUGCAUCGUAAAUUGCACAUAUUGACACAUUUAAAUAUAAACUAUUCAACUGCAUAAUUAAAUAGAAUACAACUAGUUUACAUUAUAUGUGUACAGUGUUAGGUGAAAAAUGGAGCUAACAAGUAAAGAGAAAGCCUAUUUUAAUGCAUAAUACUUGUAACAAAAAAAAAUUAUAUAUAUAUAUAUUGAUAACACACAACCAACAAUGUCAGGGCAUCAAACUUCAUAAACGAUAUUUCUCAAUCGCAAAACAAACAAAAAGGGAAACUGGCCACAGCAAAAAAACAAAAAAUAUUCUCAACAACAAAAGACUAAAACUGUGGAGUGGAAAACGAAAUAAAUCUAUGUAUACAAAACUUAAGACAAAACUUAUUCCAAAUUCCAAAUCGAAAAUAUACAAACUUUUGUUAUUUAUAUAUAUUAAAA